GGAACUGCUUCCACUUCGUGGCCGUUGUUUGAGAGGGGAAUCAUAUGCCUUCUUUAUAACAACUUUUUUUUCUCUCCACCUCUUCAUCAGCAGUUAGUCCUCAUUGAAGCAUAUGGCUCCAGAAAAAGUCGUUCGUACAUUGACGAUGAAGCCUUUGAUCAAGUCACAUGCUUACAUCUACAAGUUAUAUACCACAUCAAUGUUUCCCACAACUACGAGGCUGCUUAUACAACUCAUACUCAGAUAAUGCAAACGUUUAAUAAGGAAGUUCUCCAAAAGAAAAAAGAAGUAAACUGGUUUAUGCCAAUUUUUCACCAACUGUGUCGAGAUCUACUGAAUGUGGCUAGAAUGGUAGACGAUGAAGUCGAAAAUAUUUCCUCUUACUAUGAGCAGUCUGCCAACUAUAUCAUGGAAGCGUACAGAACGUGUACUUCUGAUGUUAGAGCAGAUCCAUCAACGACAAAAAAGAUUGCCAUCCUCAACAUGACAAAUCAAUUGUUCCGAAUUUACUUCAAGAUUAACAAAUUAAAUUUGCUGAAACCAUUAAUUCGCGCUAUAGACAACUCUGGCUCUCUGUAUCAAUCAUUCUCCAUGGCUGAUAAAGUCACAUAUAACUAUUUUCUUGGUCGAAAAGCUAUGUUCGAUGCAGAUCUGCCUUUGGCCGAAAAAUCGUUAUCCUAUGCAUUUCGCAAUUGUCCUGCUGAAUGUCUUUCGAACAAAAGACUGGUGCUCAUAUAUCUCAUUCCCGUUAAAAUGUUUCUGGGUCAUAUGCCUACUGCUCAGUUACUGCAUAAAUACCAACUGGAUGAGUUUGUUGAUGUUGUGGAGGCGGUAAAGGAGGGCAAUCUAGCAAAAUUGGAUCAAGCACUUGAGACGAAUGAACACUUUUUUAUACAGUGUGGUAUAUUUUUGAUGUUGGAAAAGUUGCGUGCAAUCACCUUCCGAACACUUUUCAAGAGAAUAUCAACUAUUAUUGGAGGAAAUCAAAUUCCGCUCAAAGCCUUCUACACCAUUAUCCAGUAUCUUGGUGUGACCGAUGUUGAUGAAGACGAGUUGGAGUGUAUUGUUGCAAAUCUUAUUGCGGAGAAGAAAAUCAAAGGAUACAUAUCGCAUCAACAUCAAAAAUUGGUCGUAAGCAAAAAGGAUCCAUUUCCACCGCUAUCAUCGGUUUAG